AUGGUCGAGCAAGACAAGCCUGAGAACGGUCACAGCAUUGUCAGUCUUGCAGAUAACUCGUUCGGCAAGCCCAGCUGGCUGCACGCACCAGAGGAGCAACUCGUACGUGGGAAUCAGAGAAGAAAGUAA